AUGGCAGUUAUAGAUUUUACCGAGAGCCGGGCUGCUGAGCUAGGAUAUGCAUCAUGGCACCGCACGGCUGAUGGUAGUCUGAAACGAGGAGAGCUUUCAACAUUAAUUUGUCGCUGCCCUGUUAGCUUUGUGAUCUAUGAGCCACUCGACCUCCGCCGCUGUCCUCAGAUUCUUAUAGUUUGUCGCAAUCAACACUCACACCCUCCGCCCCCUGCUGUUCGAACUCCACCUAUUGUCAAAGCCUAUUUCAUUCAGCUUCUAGUUGACAUGGGCUGGAAGCUUGCUGAUGCCACCCCUCGUCGCAUCAUGCUGGACUCGGGACUCAUUGGUGGUCUUCGGCGAUAUCUUCAGUGGCCAUCUUCCAUCACACGAGACCCAAUGUUACAAGAUUUGCACCCAUCUCUUGGUAACCUUGACCAUACUACCCGUCUAAUUCUUGAGCUGCGUAGUCAGCAUUUCCCUGCAGGAACUGGUUUCGAAGGUGCUCAGCUGAUGGCGCGUCAGCAUGAGACGCUCCCUACUGAGGAGUGUUACAUUCGCUUUGCUGAUGAAUGUACGGAGGGAAAUGAGAAAUUCCGAAUAGUUAUUUGCAUGUCCCCUCAGAUGUCUCGUCAUCUUCUUUCUGCAAAGCGCCUGUCUAUUGACACUUCAUUCAAACGUCUACACGGAUGGCAGGAGUUUGAAAUGGAAAGCUGGGAUAACGAGAACAUGAAGUCUGUUGUCGGUGAUAGAGCAUUCACCAGCUCACAGACAGCUAUUGCUCAUUUUGUCCUGUUUCGUCUCAUUUUCGAGAUUGCUGAGCUUGACACGGGUGUACCAGUGGCUUUUCGGCAUAUCCAUGGUUAUGGAUUCGAGUCUGUCAUAGCUGAUGGGCAUAAAGGACAAGGUCUUGGGCUUGGGAAGUUUUGCAUGCACUUGUGCCGAGGGAUGGAGGUGUACUGCAGUAGUGAACCCCACCGUCGUCUUUGUGAUCUGGGCCCUUAUGAUCACCUACGCCGUUUUUAUCGUCCCUGUGUUGUCCACUACAAACGCAACAUCCUGGCCAUUCGCAGUCAUAUUACAUCAGAGGUCCAGGCAGAUAUGUUUAGUUUGUCCUCAUGCGAGCCUCAUCCCGAUUUUGAGGGUACUCUUAAGCUCAUUGCAAACGGGGGAAAGAAAGCUAAAGCGUGGCUCAACGAUAAGGUGACAGGAACAAAGUUUGCGCUCACCGCAAUCUAUUGGCCUCGCAGCUUGAUUCCACUUCAUAUCUGGAAAGCCUCUCCAUCAACUACAAAUGGCAACGAGCAGGCGCAUCGCAGCAUUAACCGCGAUGGAGUCAACCUGACUCUCCUCGGGGGUAUCAUGCGUGGCUUCCAAUAUGAUGAACGUGCUAUGCGAAGCAUUGCAUACCAACAAGAUACAGGUGUCCUAAAUAGAGACUACAUGGCUACUCAUGUAUACCGAGCCACUCGUUCAAUAUCGCGCCGUGUUGCAGUGGCCAAUGGCCAAUACAGCCAGUAUGAAGGGGCUGCAGGUGAUGCGUAUGACCACGCGACGACAACUGUUGACCAACAUUACGGCGCUGAGAGUCAACUUCAACUUCCAGACAAUGCCGUUACUUACCAGUAUCCGAACAAUGUCUCCAUCCAUCCUGACACCAGCGAUAUCCCAUCGUCAUCCUUCAGCACCUUGGCAUGGGCUUUGACACCUGGUGCUCAUGUCAGCGACCCCGUUGUGACAGAAUACCGGACUGGGCAUAUACGUACCAUGGAACCAGUAUACAUUAGCACUUACAGCGCUUUGGCCGGCGCGUUGGGCGCCAAUGGGAAUGAACCCACGAGCAAGCUGCACCUCGAGGCUCAAUUCCUCAAGUUUGGUCCCUGCUAUGAUAUAUGGGCCUACGGCUUCGAGCGAUUCAACGGUUUGAUUUCUCAUUUCAAUCACAGCCAAAAUGAAGGAGGUGAGCUCGAGGCCACUCUCAUGCGACGUUGGUGGUCCAUCACUUUCAACUAUGAGCUUAUCAUGCAGCUGGAGGCUUUACCAGACAAGACCAAGGAGGAUCAGGAGUGUAUUGAGCUUCUAAAGGACAAACUGUGCGCUGCAAAACUCAUUGGCACCAACGCAAUGAAGAGCCAUCUGCCAUCACGUUUACUGCGCACGGUCGGGGUUUCAACUCAGCUCACGCAGAAGAACCAACUCUCUGUGAAAUGGUCUUACAGUAUCUCAGGCGUCACUGGCAAGAUCGUUGCGGUAUGGUGCAGCCUCCGAAUCCCAACAUCGGGGCCAAUCUUCCAAGUUUGCGUACUUUGUUACAGGCAAUCGGCCGAGACACAAUAUCCGCUUCACGUUGAGGAGAAGUACAAGGAGGAUCAAAAGCUCAAGACUGAUAUUUCUUUGACCCGUCGCUUCCAUGCGGGCCCAGAUAUUUUCGAUUUUCCAUGGACGAUUCGAGCCAGUGAUCUUGGCGUUGCAUCGUGGGACGCAGAGACUUAUGAGGAGCUCGAAGUCAUUCCAAUGACAUCACUUUCUGGGCACUUCGUAUUAGCACCAGCCAGUGUGAAGGAGCGUGAUCGAUUGACCUUGGGAUAUAAUUGCCUAUGA